GUCUAGUAGCUUUCACAGAACACACGCAUAUGCAUUUGCGUCGAAAUACACGAUUUGUGAAAGUAAGAGGUUGAUAUAUGUCUAUACCGUGAUGUUGGUCCAUUUUCUCGCUCCAAUAGCAAUAUAGUACUAUUAUAUAUAUGUAUAAAUUACUUGUGUUGAAAAACUAUGUAAUAUGACAAGCACCAAAUUACGGAUUUUAGCAUUACAUGGAUAUGUACAAUCAGAUGUGAUAUUUAGCGCCAAGUUAGGCUCAUUGAGGAAAGGAUUUAAGAAAGAAAUAGACUUUAUAUUUAUAAAAGCACCACACGAAGUUCCAUCAACUGAUGGAAAUGGAUAUGGAUGGUGGUUCAAUACAAAGGACCAUUAUUUUAAAGCAACAGAUCCUAGUGUUUUGUGUGUAGGAUUUACUGACAGUAUAAAUUUAGUAAAAAAGACAUUUUUGGAGCAAGGUCCUUUCGAUGGCAUAUUAGGUUUCUCCCAAGGUGCUGCUUUUGUCAGUAUACUAUGUGCCAUGAAGAAACAGCAAUUACUGGAAAUUGACUUUGACUUUGUUAUUAUCAUAUCUGGCUUCAAAUCACUAUGUGCACCUCAUUCAAUAUAUUAUAAUGAAGAAAUAGAUAUACCAUCUUUACAUAUUUAUGGAGAAAAUGAUCAAGUUAUUCCUACAGAAAUGACAAAACAAAUCAGUCGUCUAUUUACAAACAAGGAAGAGAUACACCAUGAAGGUGGUCAUUACAUACCAAGUAAGAAAGAUAUUUAUAGGGAUUUUAUAAUGAAAAUGCUAGCAAAUAAGAAUAGGUAGAUAACAAUUAUCUUCCUUGCUUGUCUGUUAGUACAAUUUUAUGAGGUCGAAUCAAUAUUCUACAUUAUUGAGAAAAAUUUAGAGAAUGUAAAUAUGUAAGACAUAUUUAAAUAAAAAAAGUGAAAAAACA